AUGUACAAAAAUAUUGUGUAUAAUUUUAUAUUAAUAUUUAUAAUAAUAAAAUAUGUUGAAUCACAAGACAAUGAUCCUGAUCAACCUGCUGAUGAUGAAGAAGAUGAAGAUAACUUUGAUGUUUUAGAUCUAGAACAAAUCAUUCAGCAACGACUUAGUCGUUUUGAUGACCCUCAAUACCAACCACAAUAUCAACAAUUACAAGAAUCUCAAUAUCUACCCCAACCACAGACUCAACCCCAACAUUUCCCAGGAUAUCAACCUGAAUCACAAGAAUAUCAACCAGAACCUCAAUAUCAACCCGAACACCAAUAUUAUCCAGGAUAUCAGCAAGAACAGCAAGAACCUCAACAAUAUCAAACUGAUACUUAUGGGUAUUAUCAACCUCCAGCACCUACUCAACAAGUACCACAACAACUGGAUCAGUACUAUGAUCAAUAUGAAUCAACACCUCAGGUACCUCAACAACAAUAUUACGAACCACCUCAACCUACUCAGCAACCAAGUUAUCAGCAUUAUGAACCUAGUCAUCCUACUCAACCACAAUCAACUUAUCAGUAUUAUCAACCUACUACGGCUCCACCGCCUCAGCCACAAGUACCACAACCACAGUAUCAGUAUUAUUUACCACCACCAACUCAACCACCUCAAACUCAACCACAAACUACAGAUGAUGAUGAAAAUUUUUAUGUGACAGAACAUGAUCAAGUACAUCAAGUGCCUUCUACAGGUGAUCCUGAGUUUAUAUAUGGACCAAGUCAACCGCCAACACAAUAUCCCAUUCCACCUCAACAAACUAUUGGUGAAAGUACUGAACAACCAAUUAAACCGCGAAAAAGAGCAACAAAGAGAAAAGAUCCUCGAACGCCAGAAAAACAAGGUGAUGAACAACCGAUUAAGCUAAAAAAGCCUAGACCAGUUAAAAAAACAAUUGAUAUCAAAUUCUAUAAAAGAAAUUAUCUGGGAAUGCUUGUACCAAUGUCUGGUGAAGAUUAUGUCGUAAAACAUAAUGAUCGAGAUAAAGCAAAAUAUGAUUUUAUUUCAAAUCUUGAGCAGAUAGAAUCUGAUGGUGAGAUUAUUUUUGAACAUUUAUACGGAACACCGUAUUUUUCAUCAUUAACUCACAGUAAAAGAACUAACAUUCAUAUACUGACAAAUGGUGAAGGAUUUAUAUUAAUUAAAAAAAUUAGAGGGGAAUGGAGAAGAACUGAUGCUCCGAUUCCAGACUAUGUAAAACUAUUCAAACAGGAUCUUGAAGGCAAUGAUGUUUUAUUGACCAAAUAUCAUUAUACUAUUACUUUUACCUCAAAUGGAUCCUUUAGAUACGAAAUGUUGCCAGGUGUAGAAUGCCAUAAAAUAGUUGUUGACGGUCUAGUGGCAUGGGAGAAAACUGAAGAGGAUGAAGGUUUCCCUCUAGUUUUUUAUGUUACACCAAAAAUGAGUGUUAUGGUUAACUUUGAAGGAUAUUUCAAAGUGUUUGAAAGGAGAGGUAGCAAAUAUACUCGCUUGUUCACUAAGUCUAGUGCCGGAAGAUCUAAAUAUCACUAA